AUGCCUCGGGGAAAUCGUGCAGAAGUGAUUGUUAUUGGCGCUGGCCUGGCAGGUCUCACAGCUGCUGCAGAAUUAAAUCGUCAAGGCAUUGAUGUCAUUGUACUGGAAGCAUCAUCUCGGAUCGGUGGAAGAGUGAAUUCCGCUACUACCAGCCUCGGGUCACACCUGGAUCUUGGGGGACAAUGGAUUGGCCACGGACAUCAUCGCAUCGCUGCUCUGGUAAACAAGGCGAAGGGGACACAAUUCCAGACCUUCACACGCGGUCUGCCGACGGUUGCUCGCGACGGUCGCACCGUGUCUCUCUAUUCACCCUCUAUAAUUCUCUCGAUGAUUUACCUCGCCUUGUUCGAGCUGGUCAGCCGGAUGUACGUGCCUCAAAGUUGGAUCGAUGUCACUGUGGACAAAGCCAUUGAAACCUUGGUCCCCUUGGAAAUUGCCCGACAAUUCCUUCGUCUCCUCAUUGCAGUAUCUUCUACCGCUGAAUUGGGUGAGGUGUCGGUCUACAACUUUGCAAAGGCGAUACCUCUAUCGGGAGGGCUCUCGACGAUGUUAGGGACACGGGGUGGGGCUCAAGACACGUUGGUGGUGGAAUCUAUGAGUAUCACGACAUCUAUGUUGGCCAGCGAGGUCUCUGCCAACAUUCUAACCGACAUGCCGAUCACCAGUGUGUCCCAAAAUCACAACGAUAACGUGAUGGUGCGUACAGCGUCAGGCAGAGAAUUUCACGCGAGGAAAGUCAUUAUCACGGUUCCCCCACCAAUGUUGAAGAACAUCACAUUCGAUCCGCCGAUGCCCCUGGAACGCAAAGCACUGCAGGAAAACACCCGCAUGGGCGUUGUCUACAAAGCGAUAGCGGUCUUUGAACAGCCCUUUUGGCGCGACGGAUUGGGCGGAGAAUUCUUGAUACUGGAUGAUCCUGCGUGCGGCGCCUUUGACACUUCAUCACCGGGAGGCCCUGGUCACUUGUGCUUCCUCGUCGCCGGCACCCCGGCACGCCAGCUUGACAUGCUGGAUUCCAAUGCACGCCGUGACUUGCUGUUGAGUCGACUUGCGCCACAUCUCGGGCAUCGAGUCCUCCAGCCUGUGGAUUGGCACGAAAAAGCCUGGCAUUCGGACGAGCACUGCGGUGGCGGGUAUCUAGGAUAUGCGAUUGUUGGCACCACGGAGGGUAUUCUGCCCAUGCCUCAUGAGCCAACGAACAAUAUACACUGGGCGGGAACAGAGACGGCGGAAGAGCAUCCUGGAUAUCUCGAAGGAGCGCUGCAGUCUGGCGAGCGUGCCGCCGGUGAAGUCGCUCGCGCGCUUGGUAAAGUGCACAGUAUCAAAUAG